GCUUGACCAUAAGCCCAAGACAACCACAACCACAUUCGGCUAUACCGUUCACUAAGUGGUUUCUAGAUGUCAGGAUGGCCGCCGUUACCACCCAACCCAAUGCUCAACGACACCUUGUGAUGCUAUUCAGCUGUGCCUCUGUUGACCUCUGAAUGCACGAAACCAAUAAUUUCACUAGCGGAGCCGCCAUGGACUUCAAUAAUCAAUAGCUUCACACAGCUGAAAGACUGCUUUGGGAGAUAUCAUUCACAAUGCCUUCCUCUUUCAUGGACAAUGACGGCCUUCGGUGGUAAGAGAGAUGGUUCAUUGAGAAGAAUGAAUUUUAUCACCAUCACCGCACACGCGAACCGCUACAUCAUCUCUCAACACUGCACCCUUUGAAGCUCUUCAACAUGACCACCAGCUCCCGCAAUACUGGAUAUCUGCCCGACAAUUUCAACCCCAACGACAAGCCUUACUACUAUGGCGGGAAAGGUUGGGAUACCAACAAGCUCAGAACCGUCGACCUUACCAAGAUCUACCCCGGUUCUCCUGUCUACGACCAACUGGACACCAAUUCCUGUGUGGCAAAUGCCACCGCUGCCGCUCUUUGGUACGAUGGCAAAAAGAGCCCAGGUAGACUGUCCCUGGACCCUUCGCGCCACUUCAUAUACUACAACACCCGCGCCAUCCAAGCUAUGGACAAACAAGGCCGCAUGAGACAGUGGCCCCAAAGAGUGGAGGACAAGGGCACAAACAUACGGGAAGCCAUGAGAGCUGUCAGCUACCUGGGCGUUGCCUCGGAAGCCUUUGAUCCUUGGAGAUACCAGGGUGGAACAGUACUCGGUCGCAAUGACAGGCCCGUCGACGCUGCCUACAUUGACGCCAAGCGCACCCACGGGUGGCCCAUGGAGUAUUGCCGGUUGGACCCAGAUCACACCGAGGCAACCGAGGGCAUGUUCACCGAUGCCCAGAAGACAGCUGUUGGCCUGAUGACCUUGACUCAUCUUAAACAGUGCCUCCAUGAGGGCUAUCCCGUCAUCUUUGGGUUCUACUACUACUGGGCCACCUUUGAGACCGAUGCCUCCCCAUCCGCAAAGCCAGACAACCCAGAGAACAAGGGAUUUGCGACCAUCAAGCCACUCAGCAAGCCCCAUCAACCCCAACCGAAUAACAUCGAGGAAGCUCAUGCUGUCUUGGCCGUUGCCUGGGAUGACGACAAGCAGCGUAUUCUUUGCAAGAAUUCGUGGGGCAAAGGUGACCAUCCUUACUUCUGGAUGCCUUAUCACUGGGUUAGCGACUUUCAGGCAACUGAUGACUUUUGGGUUAUCCGUACCAUUGAUCAAGCUGGGCCCAUUCUCGGUUCAGAAGUCGAAGUCAUCGGGAAAGAAUGGCACAUAAGCGACAUAGGCAGAUCUGGUCAGGACAAGGCCUCAAUCACCGCAAACAGUGUCAUUGCCACCGCGAUCCCUAACCCCAGCACUUUUGAUACCUUUUGGAUUACGCCUCAGGGACAAGUUGCCUCACGAACAUACUACGAGGGUGGGAACGGCUGGGCUCGUACGUACUCUCUGAUAGAGGCGAGCGAGGACCGUGCUGCUCUAGGAGCCAUUGCUGCCGUUCGCCGUAACGACGAGCAGACCGAUAUCUUCUGGAUCCACUCCAAUGGUGCUGUCCAUUGUUCAUAUCAUAACUACACUACACUACAAGGAUGGAAACGCGAUACAAUUGCCGGGCCUGGCAGUGCAUCUACGAAGGGUGGAAUUGCCGCCGUUACUCGAAUGAAGGGUCACCAGGAGAUGUGGUACAUUACUCCUGACGGUGCUGUCAAGGGCUGGUACUACUACGAAUCAGACCCAACGGGAUGGCACCAAUACGAGCUUGCACCUAGCAAAAGCGCACACCCGGAAAGCAACAUUACAGCCGCAUCGACAGCAGACGGCCGGUGGAUGUUUGUUUUCUGGGUCAGCCCCGAUGGGGUUCUGACAACGUGGGAAUUUAAGUCUGACGACGGACGGUCUUGGAUCGCCUCUGCCAUGAACGCCUAUGGUAAUCCCCACACCGCUGCCAUCCACACUCGAAUUUAUGCUGCGAACUUGAUAAAGGACACCAUUUGGGUGUUCUACAUGGAUCGAGAGGGCAACGUACAUGGGAGAUACAGGUUACAGACUAAUAGUGUACAUCUGCGUGACCAGAAAUGGGAGGAAAGAAGGGUGAGCGAUCACCCGGGGCGAGUGGAUAGCGGUUUGACAGUGGUGGCAGUAAGCGAUGAUUCUAUGGACGUCUUGUGGAUAGGCUCCGACAACUCGCUGGUUGUGGGAUCUAAUAGGGAUGGUUCGGGGCGGAGCUGGAGUGAAAAGGUUGUUGCGGGUUCAGGGAGCGUAAUGGCCGGGUCCCCGCUUGGAGCCUUUGCUCGUCUCAAGAAGAGUUACUCGGUGGCUUUUCAGGAUUACACCGGAAAGAUCAUACUGGCGGAUUAUCAUGAGUGAAGGAACUUAUUGUCCUAGGUAAGCCACGCCAUGAAGUUGAGUUGGUUUUGGGGAUCCAGUGAGGAUACCCGUGAGUGGUGGUGAGCCUUUUCCUCGCAACACCCAUUGCAAGAGAGUGGGUGUUGCGAGAACCGCCGGGCCUCACCAUAAUGCACGGGUAGGUGUCUUCUUUGCUUAUCUUAAU